AUGGAAGCUGAGAGCGCCACUGUCAUCAUCUCCCUCGACAAGCACGAGAUGCAGGUCGCCGAUUGGAUUGCAGCCCUUCCUUUGGAUGCCUUGAGACGUGAGUCAGAUAAAACUUUGAUGGGCGAUGCUUUGAGGUGAUUUGGGUUGCUGACAGCGGGUUGAUUCCUACAGAUUGGCACACACCGAGAAUAGACAUCUCCCUCGUCACGAACAACCGUCCGGCAUCGCUGCAUCGCCUCUUGUCGUCGCUGCAGAAAGCCCACUACUUUGGCGACGAGGUGCCUCUUUACCUCAACUUGGAACAGACCGCGGAUUCCGUCACGCAGAGGCUCGCGAGCGACUUCGACUGGCCCUAUGGCUCCGUCACUGUUCGCCAUCGCAUCGUUCUAGGAGGGCUGAUGCCGUCCAUCGUUGAAAGCUGGUACCCUGCCUCAAACGACACGUAUGGCGUGUUCCUGGAGGACGACGUCGAGGUAUCGCCGAUGUUCUAUGGAUGGCUCAAGAUGACGAUUCUGUACUACCGCUAUUCCAUGGCCAUGCGCGAUCGAUCGACGCGCCUCUUUGGUGUGAGCCUUUACCAGCAAAAGUUCUUUGAGCUGCGUCCGGAAGGUCGACAACCGUUCGAUGCGCAUGUCCUGUUCGAGUCGCUUGCACUGGAUCCAACGCUGCCUUACUUGUCGCAGAUCCCAUGUAGUUGGGGUGCGGCCUACUUCCCCGAAGUGUGGCGGGAGUUCCAUCUCUACCUCGCGCUCCGACUCUCUGAAAUGGCGGUACCGAUCGCGGAUCAAAUCGUCCCCGAGAUUCGAUCGAACAAGUGGCCGCAAAGUUGGAAGAAGUACAUCAUCGAGCUCAUUUAUCUACGAGGCUACGUCAUGCUCUACCCCAACUACGCCAACUACUCAUCGCUGUCGACCAACCACGUCGAGAAGGGGACCCACAUCAAAGACGCCGUUGUGUCGAAGACGCGAGCGCAGUACGAGGUUCCGUUGAUGACGCGCCAGGAGUCGCUGCUCGCUCUACCCUCGGGACGUUUGCCGUCGUACGAAACGCUUCCCAUCAUCGACUUGUGGGGGAUGGUCGCCACUGAUGAUGACAUCAUCGAGCGAGGUUGGCAAUCGGCAGCCCUUCUCGACUCUUGCCCCGUUCCUUUCCGACUGGACGUACAUCCAAGUUACAACGCGCGGGAACUUCUGUGCGCCAAGGACUACGAGCGGGUCAAUCGAUACGUCGAUACGCAACCCUUGGCAGGCAGCAUAAAGGAUAUCCAACGGCGGCGGGAGAAGGAGGCUCAACAAAUCCUACGUGAUCGCGAGGCUCAAGCCAAUGCCCGAAUUACCGCGGCUCUCGCUCAGGCGGAAGCAGCCGCGCAAGGCGACAUGCGAGAACGCCCCAUGAUGGUUCCUCAUCCGGACCAUGGGUCCGAGCAUGCCGACGGUCCACGAGCAGCCGUUCUGCGCCAGCCUGGAGAAACGGUUGAGGCGCAUCGUGAGGAGCAAGAAGAGCUCGCACGAGCCGCCAACGCCGCAGAGCAACGUCAAACGCCUCACAUCAUCGAGAAAUAUACCCCUCGUCAACCGCCCUUGGUGGAACAAGGCGACAAUGAUGAUGACGCAGAUGUCGUUGAUGUCGACUCGUCAGAGCAGGAGGAAGCGUCGCCGUUGGACCUCGAUGCGGAUUCGGAAGGCGAGGUCAUAUCCGACAUCUUUGAGUCGGCCCGAUCUCGAGCAAAGGUUCAGGAGAUCGAAGAAGAUCAGGAUAGUGCCGACGGCUCUGACGGGGUAGACGAUGCCGGUGGUGUGGAAGAAGAAGUAGGCGGGCGAUUCAUCCCAAAGGACCGUCGAGAACCACUGGGGUGGGAAAUGGAAGGAGAAGCGGCCGAUCAGGAGUAG